CCGACAAGAAGUACCGGAUAAGGUCACAGGUGGAGAGACCGUAUCCGUGUCUCAUCAUUAGACUCCAGGCUCCAGCUGAGAGAGCACAAGGGAGGCGGGGGGGAGAAAUAUAGCUUCAUUGCGUUGUCCCUGCACUCUGAAGCUUUCGUCGCUGCCAGCACCCGCUUACACGCCACGAGCCUGCAAUCUUGGCGACAGCUAUGGCUAUGGCAAUGGCGCAACCGAUAGCAGUUGUGUCCACCUCCUUCUUCACCCCCCGUCCGUUCACUUCCUCCCCCGCCGCUGCUUCGCCGUUGCAAAUCCGGCUCUGCCCCACCCCCCGACGGCUUCCUCUCUGCCGCGCGCAAACGAAAGCAAUGGCGCCGAUAACGUUUCACAUCGGCGAGACCUCCCUCAGCAUUCCCUUCUCUCUGGACUCAGCGAAGGGGCUCAGCGCUGCCAUAGCUGACCUCUUGACCACAUUCAGGGAGAAGGAGAAGGCCGAGAGGCCGAGACGGUGGGACAACAUGGAGUACCGCCAGAUCGAGGACGGCGUCUUCUUCGAGGUUUUCUGCAACCCUAAUGCUCACGCCACCGCAUUCCAGGCCAAGUACUUGGUCACCAUUAACGAUGACAAGCUGCGGAUCGCCUCCGAGGGUCAGCUCAGUGCCCUCAAAUCCGACUUAGACCAAUACAUCGACUCGCAAAGCUGAUGAGAAUAUGUCGAUUUCCUCCCGGCUCCAGAGUCAACUAGUUGUAGGAAACCUUGAGAUUUUGUAGGCAUGUGUGGAUUUUUCAAGAUCGUCUGCAAUAAAUGGGGCCUUGUUUUCA